AUGCGGAACAGUAUGCCAUUCUGGGAGACAUGCACAGGCAAUGUCUCCCGGAAUGACACAUGCAGACCAACAAGAGUGCACAAUGCACUCUUGUCGGUCAAAGUUCCGCAUUCAAGUUAUGAAUGCGGAACAGUAUGCCAUUCUGGGAGACAUGCACAGGCAAUGUCUCCCGGAAUGACACAUGCAGACCAACAAGAGUGCACAAUGCACUCUUGUCGGUCAAAGUUCCGCAUUCAAGUUAUGAAUGCGGAACAGUAUGCCAUUCUGGGAGACAUGCACAGGCAAUGUCUCCCGGAAUGA